AUGAAACCAAGAGAUUUGUCAAUUACAAAGAGUAUUUCAGAGGAAGUAAACUGGCAGCAAUGGGUGCGGGAAAAAACAGAAAUCAACAAUCCAAAGAAGCAAAGAUACAAAAAAGGCACGCAGUGUGAACAUUUUGAAACAAAUGUAGUGCAAUUGAUAGAAUGUAAAUUCAAUAAGACAGUUCCAACUGCAAACAACAAGAAAACCACUGAAAAUGACAGUAGUAAUAAACAAACAGAGUCGCGCAAGAGAAGACAACAGGAACAGGAAAAUAUUGUUCCAGAAAAGAGACAGAAAAGACAGAUCGAUGAUAAACAGAUGAAGCCGUAUGACAGGAAAAAAGAAUUCAAAACAUACCUGCAAAAACUGGCAAAGUGUAGAACAUUUUGUGAGCUGCAGACUGAAUGCAAGCAGAUCGAUGAUAAAAUUGGUGAACUUACCAUUGACCCACAUGAGGUAGAUGGUUCAAAUGGUGGGACAGAUAGUGAUAAAACAGAUGAUGAUCCAAAGAUAGAUGGGGCAAAAGUAGGGACAGAUAGUGAUAGUAAAGAUGUUGAUGAGAAGGUAGAUGGUUCAAAUGGUGGGACAGAUAGUGAUAAAACAGAUGAUGAUCCAAAGAUAAAUGGUGGAACAGGUAGUGAUAGUACAAAUGAUGAUCCAAAGAUAUAUGGGGCAAAUGGUGGGACAGCUGGUGAUAAAACAGAUGAUGAUGCGAAGGUAGGUGGUUCAAAUGGUGGUACAGAUAGUGAUAAAACAGAUGAUGAUCCAAAGAUAAAUGGUGGGACAGGUAGUUAUAGUAAAGAUGCUGAUGAACAGGUAGAUGGUUCAAAUGGUGGGACAGAUAGUGAUAAAACAGAUGAUGAUCCAAAGAGAGAUGGUUCAAAUGGUGGUACAGCUAGUGAUAAAACAGAUAAUGAGAAGGAAGAUGGGGCAAAUGGUGGGACAGCUAGUGAUAAAACAGAUGAUAAUGCGAAGGUAGAUGGUUCAAAUGGUGGUACAGAUAGUGAUAAAACAGAUGAUGAUCCAAAGAUAGAUGGGGCAAAAGACAAAGCGGCCGAAGAUAAAAGGAAGCGGAUUGCAAUGGAGGAGCGUUCAAUACAGCGGGAGGAAAAGCGAAAGAGAAGGCUUGAAGAGGAGGAAGAGAGGCUGGUAAGAGAAGAAAUAGGGAUGUGGAAAAGAUACAGAAAGAGAAGCAGAAGAGAGAGGGAGCGGACAAGGAGCGAUUUGGACGUUUGGCUGAGAGAUAGUAAGCGUGUGGAGUGUGAUGUCCGUGGUAGGGUAAACGGUGAUUAA